CUCGGUGGUCCCGGAGCUUCUGGAAUAAAGAGGUUUUGGAUGCCCCACCGCGAGUCUUCCUCGCACCUCCUGCUUCAGCUUUCUGGCUGCUGAGAGGACAGCGUGCUUUUUUCUGCUAGAAAUCCGGAAAAAGAUUGGAUUUUUGGCUCCGAUUAGGUUGGUUCUACGAAUUGCAUACAUAAAGGUCUCUCCUUGCCCGAAGAUGCUCGGCUUAGCUUGUUGAGUGUGUCGGGUUUUUUUUGUGGUGGUGGGUGGCUGCUCUCCUGAGAUUGGAACUCGCUAGAUAAGCGGUGAAGAGGUGCCUUCUUCUGGGGCUUAUCUUCGAAGUCCUGCGUUCGGAAGAAAGGAUGCGUUUUUUUAUCUGGUUUGAUCCAAAACAAGAGUUUUUCCCCUUUCUGUGAUCGAAUGAGGGGUUCCCGGAAUCUGUUGCUGUAAAAGACGCCGAUUUCAGGUCCUGAUUCGGGAAGGUCGAGGAAAAUUUUCUGAUAUCUUUGUAUGAGCCGAGUGAUCUGGUGAGUUCUUUCCUUGUUCCGACAUCUGGAUUUCGAUUCUUUUUGGAGAAGAAUUCUCAAUGUCAGUGAUGUUGUCGGCCGAGAAAUAGAAGAACGAGGAGGGAGGGUCACUUCUUUUUUUCUGGAGAGCGGAAUUUAUAGCUUGAGCAGGAGAAAUGGAGAAACAGCAAGGCUCUCGAAUGGGAGCCGCCUUGGAGAAGCUGCAUAGCUUUCGGCUGGGGGUGAUGGAGAAGCAGAAGAGCUUUCGGAUGGAUAAGCAAAGGAGCUUUCGACUGGGAGGCGGACAGCAAAGCUUCAAGGAAAGGAAGAACAAAGAGAGCCCUGGCAAACGAGGGGAUACAGAGCUCCAUCUCGCCGCCAGGGCUGGCAACGCGGCGCACAUACGCAAGAUAGUCUCAGAGUGCAGCAGCGAGAGCGAGCUGAAGGAUUUGGUCUGCAAGCAGAACCAGGAUGGGGAGACAGCCUUGUAUGUUGCUGCAGAAAUGGGUCAUGUGGCGGCUGUUCCAGAGAUACUGAAAGUUUCCGACGUUCAAUCGGCAGCCAUCAAGGCCCAUAACAGCUACGAUGCAUUCCAUAUUGCCGCUAAGCAGGGCCACCUCGAAGUGCUGAAGGACCUCUUGCAUUCUUUCCCUGCAUUGGCUAUGACUACAAACUCAUUAAAUUCUACAGCCUUGGAUACUGCUGCAACUCAAGGUCACAUCGAAAUAGUCAAUCUACUGCUAGAAACGGAUGCAAGCCUUGCUAAAAUUGCAAGGAAUAAUGGUAAAACUGUUCUACAUUCGGCAGCAAGAAUGGGCCAUGUCGAAGUGGUGAAAUCCCUAUUAGAUCAGGAUCCCAGCAUUGGUUUAAGGACCGAUAAGAAGGGGCAAACAGCAUUUCACAUGGCUGUAAAGGGCCAAAAUGUGGAGAUGGUGCUGGAAUUGCUGAAACCUGAUGUAUCAAUCAUCAAUCUAGAAGAUAGUAAGGGGAACAGACCAUUGCAUAUUGCUACUAGGAAGGGCAAUCCAAAGAUUUUGCAGGCUUUGUUAUCGGUGGGAGGAAUCGAUAUCAAUGCAGUGAAUAAAGCAGGAGAAACUGCCCUCAGCAUUGCGGAAAAAUUUGCAAAUGAAGAGAUCGCUUCCAUUCUAAGAGAAUUUGGUGCAGUCGUCGCGAAAGAACCUGCAAAUUCGAUGACUGCUGCCAAGCAACUGAAGAAAACAGUCAGUGACAUAAAACAUGAUGUUCAAUCCCAACUCAAACAAACCCGACAAACAGAAAUGAAGGUCCAGAAGAUCAAGAAGCGACUUCAGAAGCUCCACAUCGGAGGUCUCAACAAUGCCAUCAAUUCCAACACCGUGGUGGCCGUGCUCAUAGCCACCGUCGCCUUUGCAGCCAUAUUCCAAUUGCCCGGGCAGUACGUUGACCUCCCUCAGGAUGGAUAUAGUCCCGGACAAGCCUACAUCGCAAGGAACGCAGCAUUCAUCAUCUUUUUGGUCUUCGACUCUCUGGCUUUGUUCAUCUCGCUGGCGGUGGUGGUAGUCCAGACUUCCUUGAUCGUGGUCGAGCAGAAAGCCAAGAGGAGGAUGGUUUUUGUGAUGAACAAGCUGAUGUGGCUGGCUUGCCUCUUCAUCUCCGUGUCCUUCAUCUCCCUAACAUAUGUUGUUGUGGGCCGGCACGAGUGGUGGCUUGCAUGGGCAACGAUGGCCAUUGGGACCACCAUCAUGCUGACCACUUUAGGAUCGAUGUGCUACUGUGUGAUUGUUCACCGGAUUGAAGCCAAUAACUUGAGGAACAUCAGGAGGAACUCCGGGAGCAGGUCACGGUCAUGGUCUUUGUCGGUGGUCUCCGACUCCGAGUUACUGAACAGCGAGUACAAGAAGAUGUAUGCUCUUUAGGAGCCAUAUGCUGUGCAAAACUUACAGUUGCUGCACUUGAAAGGGCUACAUCUCAAUAGUGAAGUAGCUCAUCUCUAAGCUCAAGACACGAACCAUGGUUGGUGAAUUGAUCUUAUGCAUGCUCGACUUGUGUAUUUUUUGGCCAUGUUGCUUUAGAGAUGAAGAUACACCAUUGUUAUA